GAGCAAGAUGGGGAUUCCUGGCCUUUUGAAAGAAAUCGGCAAAGGCGAACGAAUUGCCCUCUCCCGCCUCGCCGUCGAGCAUCUGCAGAAACAAUCCCGCCCCCUCCGAAUCGCCAUUGAUGCAGCGAUCUGGAAUUUUCAGACCCAGUACGGCGGGCAAGGGGGGAAGAAUCCAGCCCUCCGCACACUCUUUUACCGUCUUGUGAGGUUGCUGGCUUUGCCUAUCCAGCCUGUGUUCGUGUAUGAUGGGAGGAAUAAACCACUCACGAAAAGGGGACGUACUGUGUCGAAGUGGCAUGGGGCAUGCGUCGAAAGCGAGAUGUCAAAGGCUUUGAUUUCCCUGUUUCGGUUUCCAACGCAUGUGGCGCCUGGGGAGGCCGAGGCCGAGUGUGCGAUGCUUCAGCGAAAAGGGGUUGUGGAUGCAGUUAUGACACAGGAUGUUGAUGCCAUCAUGUUUGGUUCUGGCCUCACACUAAGGGAUUGGUCGAAGGAGGGGAAUGGGAAGAAAGGGAACAAGACGCCCACCCAUGUGAACGUUUUGGAUUUGCCGCGAGUAAAGGAGAUGAGUGGCCUAGAUCCGGAGGGAAUGAUUUUGGUCGCACUCUUGAGCGGUGGUGAUUAUGAUGAGGACGGCAUUGCUGGUGUUGGAUGUAUGCUGGCAUGCGAGAUCGCGAGGGCGGGCUUUGGGAGCGACCUUUUGGAAUUAGUGAGGAACAGAGACGAAGAUGGGAUCAACGAGUGGAGGGAACGACUACAAUUCGAGCUGGAGACCAACGAGAGCGGCUAUUUCAAGAUGAAGAGGAAAUCGAUUCGGAUCCCCGACAGCUUUCCAGACAGGAAAAUACUGGGAUAUUAUAUGAAUCCGGCCGUCACACCACCGGGCGAGCUUGAAAAGUUGGAAAGGAAAUGGGUCAAGGCUUGGGAUGGAGAGAUUGAUAUCCAGGCUCUUCGCGACUAUGCAGCUGAAAUGUUCGAAUGGUGGUACAAGCCCGGUGCUUGGAAGUUUGUGCGAGUCACAGCCCCAGCUCUCCUUGCGAACCGGCUACUACGAGGCGCAGCAACAUCGUAUGUCACAUCUGCCGAUCAAAUCACCGAACGCAGGCAGCAUUUUGUGAGUGAUGGGAUCCCAGAACUCAGGGUCACAGCGAUUCCAGGCGAGAUAGUCGGUCUGGAUCUCGAUGCGGAAGAGGACAGCCCAGAGUAUCUGCAACUCCUUGCCGAGGACGAACAUGAAGGUGGUGAGAGCGAAACGGAAAAUGCACGAGAGAAUGCUCCUUUGAGCCCAUCCAAGAAGCGCAAAUCUCCUCCUUGGCUACCCGAUGCGCCAGAGAAAAUGUGGAUUGCCCAGGCGAUUGUCGAAAUGGGAGCUCGAGAGCACGUCGAACGAUGGAAACAGAUUCAAUUCGAGAUGGAGAAUGAUCCCAAAAAAUUUGCGACACGGAAAUGUCCCAAGCAGAAAGAAGCGAGAAAGCCGAAAGUGGCUGGAGGUAUGCAGCAGGGGGCUCUUUUGAGCUACGUUGUCCCUGCAAAUGAGUUCACCGAGUCGGAGCUAGAUAUCAGAAAGCCCAUCACAUCGCCUCGUCCUCGUCCAAAGGCCAACAUCAGUGCGCCGCGACGACCCAAGUCUCCCAAACUCAGCUCAAGCCAGCUAGACGAAGGGCCUCCUCCCACGAUGCUGGACUUCUUCAAGACCGCCAAGCACAGUCAACCUCCGAGGAACACGAUGUCAGCAAGCGACACUGCAUCAUUUGACCUUGUCACAACCAGUACCAAUAGUGCGGAUGACCCGUUUAUCCUCAGCGACGAGACACAUGUCAACAACCAUUCGAGGCCCUCAACUUCAAGCUCAGCGGAACCGGGACGGCGGAUUGAGCAUGAGCCAGCCCAACUUCAUGGAAACACGAUUCAACCUAUGCCCCCAGCUGCGGUGCCGCCUUUGAUUUCGAAACACAACACACAGUCAAAGCCGAAGAUUCUGGCGACUGUGACACCAGGAGAGAACCUAUCCGGCAAUGCGGUCAAGGAAACGACGCUCGCCAUCUCUUCGCCAGUCUGGAGAGACUCCAACUCAGCAGCGGGCGAGCAAGAAAGGCAGAAUGCCUUGGAUCCGGACAAUGCACUCAGUAAUGUCACACGGCGCACUCCCAAAAAAAGAGCAAAUAAGUGCCGAAUCCUCACCGAAAGUGCGACAGCGGAUGGGAGCCUCAUCCAACCUCAACGGCGGAUCGCAAGUUUCUUUAAGCCAUAUGUACGGGUUAAAGCACCGCCAGCCAAAGUGGCAUUGGCCGAAGACGAAAUCCAUCCCGUUGAAGUUCUGCCCAAGCUGACGCCCGGGCUGUCGCCAAAGUCGUCUGCGGCCACCCACGUCCAUGCAAUUCCCCGGUCGAGCCUCCCCGGUACCUGGAAAGAAGUCGAGUGCGAGUCAGGCCCGAAUACUCAGAUAGACCCAUCUCUGCCACCAACUCGUCCUCCUCGGGUAAGCAUAAUCGACCUAACGACUGAUUGACGAAGACGUUCCCGGGUAUUACGGGAGCUUGACCUUCCAGAAGUCCUUGUUUUCGAAGAAUGUUUUGCUGCGGGUGAUUUCGACUGCGGCGGCUUCAAUGGGCGCAAUGGCGCUGGGCUUUUCAAUGCGGACUUUGGCAACCGUGUGUCCAUAGUUCAGUGUCACAAUCUGAGCCACGGCAGUGGCUAGGGAUUCGAUCGUGUGGUAUGCUGAACCCGCGACUCGUUCACACACUGUUUGAACCAUGUCAUGCAGAGCAGCAGUGUAGUGUUCUUCCAAAGCACCGACUCCCAAAGCAGGGUCCACGAGAGGCACGCUGAUGUCGACGAAUACCGUCUGCUUGUAGAUGCGCUCUUGAGGGUUGACUCCAAUGAUGCAGUUGCAGGCAAUCUGUUUGACUGUCACACUGAGGCUAGAUGUGUCGAUUUCUAGCUCUGACUUGUCGACUUGGUAUUGGUAGAGCACGCCACCCCUGGCCUGCAGUAAAGCCUUGGGCAGGGAAAUGUCGAGAGUGAGUAGACCACAGUUCGGUACCAUGUUGGAAAGCAGAGCGAUCAGGGAAUAGAUGGUGGGGAAGGCCUCGGGAUCGGCGUCCUUGAAGGCCGCUAAGAUUUUCUUGUACAGCUUGCCAUAGUCCAGGGAGAGGUUGACGUCGUCCUUGGAAGCAGCCGGCUCG